GGGCGCGCUGCAGAGGGACACGGCGGCGGAGGAAGAUGAAGAUCCAGUUUCAGACGUGAGAUUCACUGGGUGAUCAUAUCAUUGAGAUCAACGUGAAUGACCAGUGCUACAAGAGCAUAUAAUGAGAGAACCUGAUCUGGUCAUGGAGAUUUCCCUGAAGAAGGAAAUUUGAGCCGACGUCUGAAGGCAACUCAAAAUUUUUCAUCGCCAAUCUCUACUUCUUUGAUUCUGCAAACAAAACUAUAUCUCCAGCAGCCCCUAAAGCCCAAGAGUCCAGUAAAUCAUCAGACCUCAUGACUGAAAAACAGCGGGAAGAAGCAGAAUGGGAGAGCAUAAAUAUGCUGUUGAUGACACAUGGCUUAAAACCUUUGUGCCUAGUCAAAAGAACAGAUCUUAAAGAUCUCAUCAUUUUUGACAAACAGUCAUCACAAACGAUGAGACAGAACUUGAAAACGUUGGUGGAAGAAACAGCAUGUCAACAGAAGAUGAUCCGGGAGCUCAUAGAAACUAAUCAGCAGCUUAAAAAAGAACUUCAGCUAGAAAAAUGUCGAGCAGUAGAUCAGGAACAACGAGCUAAUGACUUGGAACAGAUUAUGGAGAGUGCGAAAUCCAAAAUUGGUGAAUUGGAAGAUGAAUCCCUAAAUAGGGUUUGCCAGCAGCAGAAUAAAAUAAAAGAUCUUCAGAAGGAGCAUAAAGCUUUACAGGCUAAAUGUCAUCAUUAUAAGAAAAAACAAAUGGAGCAACAAGAGACUAUUGCUUCUUUGCAAAAGGAUAUCUAUAGAUUAACAAAGGAGGAAGAAGAGCGUAUUGUCACUCAAAACAGAGUGUUUUCUUAUCUCUGCAAAAGAGUUCCUCAUACCAUCUUGGAUAGACAGUUGCUUUGCCUAAUUGAUUACUAUGAAUCUAAAAUUAGAAAACUUCAUAAACAAAGGCAAUAUAAAGAAGAUGAAAGUCAGUCAGAAGAAGACUAUGGAAGUCUUGGUGCCUUACCAACUUAUAAAGGCCUUCUAACGUCAUUACAGAAUCAACUGAAGGAAUCAAAAUCUAAGAUUGAUGCACUUUUAAGUGAAAAGCUGAAUCUCCAAAAAGAUUUGGAAACCAGGCCCACACAGCAUGAAUUAAGACUUUAUAAACAACAGGUGAAGAAACUGGAGAAAGCCCUAAAGAAAAGCAUCAAAUUACAAGAUCUUAUCAGUCAAAACAAGGCUGAGGACAAAGAGAAAAAAGAUGAGCCCAGCAAAGAUAACCAGCAGCAGGUCCUAAUUGACCAGAGAUACUUUCAGGUGCUGAGUAGCAUCAAUUCAAUUAUUCACAAUCCAAGAGCUCCAGUAAUAAUUUAUAAACAGAGCAAAGGAGGAGCCCAACAUUUUAAUAAAGAUCUUGUUCAAGAUUGUGGAUUUGAGCAUCUUGUUCCUAUAAUAGAAAUGUGGGCAGAUCAGCUGAUUUCCCUGAAGGAUUUAUAUAAGUCCUUGAAAAUGCUGUCUGCAGAACUGGUGCCUUGGCAUAAUUUAAAGAAGCAGGAUGAAAAUGAAGGUGUCAGAGUUGAAGAUUUGUUGUUUAUAGUAGAUACCAUGUUGGAAGAAGUUGAAAAUAAGGAAAAGGACAGCAAUAAGCCAAACUUUCAGAUUUUGCAAGCUAUUGUUUCUCACUUCCAAAAAUUAUUUGAUGUGCCUUCUUUAAAUGGAGUCUAUCCCCGAAUGAAUGAAGUUUAUACUAGGCUUGGAGAAAUGAACAAUGCUGUGAGAAACCUCCAAGAACUCUUAGAAUUAGAUAGUUCAUCCUCAUUGUGUAUGGUGGUGAGCACAGUUGGAAAAUUGUGUAGGCUGGUUAAUGAGGAUGUAAAUGAAAAGGUUAUGCAGGUAUUGGGACCUGAAGACCUCCAAAGCAUUAUCAUCAAAUUGGAAGAACAUGAGGAAUUUUUUCCAGCAUUUCAGGCAUUCACUAAUGAUCUACUUGAAAUCUUAGAAAUUGAUGACUUGGAUGCCAUUGUACCUGCAGUAAAGAAAUUAAAAAUACUUUCAUACUGAAAACAAAUAAUUUUUACUGUGUAAAUUGCAUUCUUAACAUUCUAAGUAUUUUGUAGGAUUGAUCUUACUUUUGAGGCAAGACUUAUAAAAUGUAUUUACUCUGAGAAUUCAUCCCCUUCUAGUAUUGGGUCCUCCACUCAUAUAAUUUUUAUUAACUUUGAGAUUCUUAUGUAGAAAACAGUUGUUAAGUUAAAGUAGAAAGUUAACUUUAGACCCUUUAAUAAUUUCUUAAGCAAUUCUUGAGUGCUUAAAACUUAAGAUUGUUUUAAAGUCUAGUGUGUGAGUAAAAGAGAAACUCAGAGAGAGAUUGAAAGUAAUGGUCACAUUUAAGUUCAGGGUCUGGUGACCUUUCUGGUUCUGGGAACAAGGAAUGCCAGUGGCUCUCUAAAGUCCAGCAGGAAGUUAUUGCUUUCCUGGCAAGGAAAUGGCACAUUCUAUUAAGAUAUCCCUCAUGGCCCUUGUCCUUUCAAAGAAGAAAAAAGAAAAGGAAGGAGGAGGAGAUCUGUAGGGUAGAAAAUAAAUUAUGAGGGUAACAUAGAUAAGUCUCUCAUAAAAAAAAGUGUCUUUUUUUUGCAAUCUUGAUGUAAUGUACUUUUUAUAAGGGCAUGAGAUCUUAAAUAAAAUUUUUAUGAAGAAUUUUCAAA